GGGCGGUGCAGUGGCGCAGAAUGAACGUGAUCAAGGAGAUCCAGCGGCUGAAUGAGCAAGAAUUGGAGCAAGGCGUGAGUAUCGAGGGGUCAUGGCAUCACAUUUACCGCGACUCAGCAUGGGUGUAUGUGGGCGGUCUCUCAUAUGACCUCACAGAGGGUGACAUCCUGUGCGUGUUCAGCCAAGUGGGGGAGAUCGAAGACAUCAACCUCGUGCGCGACAAGGACACGGGCAAGAGCAUGGGGUUUAGCUUCAUCAAGUACGAGAACCACCUUUCGACUGUACUAGCUGUGGACAAUUUCAACGGGUCGACCUUGUUGGAGCGGUUACUGCGAGUGGACCACGUCCACAAGUACAAGUUGCCCAAGGAACUGCGAGACAAAGAAGAGAACGUGGUGGCGGACCACGACGAUGAACUGCGUGGGAAACCAGGUCAUGCUUACGAAGGCAAGGAACUCGAGAACAAGUUCGAUAUCCAUCAAGGGGUGGACGUGUUCAAGGUCAAGAUGAGUAAGCAUGAGAAGAAGAAGGCCAAGAAGGCGGUGAAGAAGGCCAAGAAGGAGAAGCGGCGACAAGUCGAUAUCGAGAAGAAGCAGAUCGCGUAUUUUGAAGAGAUCAAACGCAUGCGGGCAGCGCGGGCCGCACACGACGCCGACGAGCGGGCGCGACGGAUGCAGAUUGAAGGCGUGGAGAACGCGGCCGAUUUCGUCAUGCCCAGCGAGACGGGGUGGAGAGGGCGUUACGAGCCCAACGUCGAACCGAUCUACGCGAAGGACCCCAACGCGCCCAAGCAAGGGCCGAACGGGUACGGCGGCAUCCACCGCACUCGCUAACCCGCCCGUCGUUCAUAGUAGAAUAUUAAUAUUAACUAUUACAAUUACUCAUACUACAA